UUUUGGUUUCUUGAGGGAGCAUGCGGUACCUCAUUGUAGCCACGGCGAUUGCUGCGGCGGCUGCGCAGACGACCAAUGUAGAAUCCACAUACGUGGAGCAAGUGCUGAAUGCGCGUGGCGGCGGUGCCAUCAAGUAUGCGGGCGGCAACCUCAACAUCGACUCCCUCUUGCAGUCGUACCCUGAGUGCCAAUCAUGCAGCGUCAGCACUCCAUGUGCCCAUCGCAACCUCCUCGGCACGGGCACAUGCAUCGGAUCGUCGUCUCGUCAAGUGGACGGCGUGAAAACGAGCUACUGCCUCGACUUUGACGUGUGUUGCGGUGGGAACUGUCGCAACAGCCGCCGUCCUACCAAGAAGUGCUCGUUCCAGGGCAACGAAAUCAAAACGUCGUUGGGGAACGCCAACUUCAACAGCGCCAGAAGCAUGCUCGCGUACAUUCAAGUGGACUUGUUGGACACUAUACCAAUUGCGCAAGUGUCCAAUCUCAUCACGUCCGUCGCCGACGAAAGCACCCUGUCCGCUCGAUGCUCGAGCAGCUGCAACGGGUGGAGCUGGCAAGGCCAGCUGUUGUCAGGAUCCUGCCCGAGUUCGUGUGCGUGUGACCUUCUGCCAUUGCCUACGUUUGUAGCUGGCAAUCUCUUCGAAUGCGAACUCAAAGUGCCCAACGCCGACAGCUUUUUCUCGUCUGGUGACAAAAAGUUGACCCAAGACGCCAACCUUGGAGCCAUCCAAGGCAAAGUCGUGUGCCCCAAAGGCUAUACGUGCAGCAAACCAGACACUUGUGUGUCGUAUGAGACAUUUGAAACAGUGAAAGCGUCGACAGUGGUCCCAACCGUGGCUCCCGCCAUAAUCAACGCGCCCAGUGGGGCUGCCACGUCAUCAAAUUCCAAGUCCGGUUCUGUGGUGGCCAUCGCUGUGGGGGCCAGUGUGGUGGGGCUCCUCGCCAUUGGCGGCGCAGUCUUCUGCUUUAUGCGCAAGAAGAAGUCGACUGAUGAUGACUACCAUGCUAUGUCUGAAGGAACGUUGUAAAAUGUGAAUGUGGAAACACUGGCAAGUCAAAACGCCAAUCUCUCGUUGAGACAUCAAUCGAGCUAAUUUCCGUAAUACAUGUAUGAAACGCAUAA